AUGUCAGAGUUUACAAGCAUCUACAGCCGAGAGGAUCCACACCUGACCAGGGCCUUCCAGUUGAUGUCAGAGACGCCUCUAAUCGAUGGGCAUAAUGACCUACCCUGGCAAAUGAGGUUACUUUUUAACAACCAACUCAGCAAAGUGGAUCUACACACAUUUAAUGGGACACACACCAAUAUCCCCAAAAUCAAGCAAGGACGACUAGGAGCACAGUUCUGGUCAGCCUUUGUUCGAUGUGACAGUCAGUACAAAGAUGCUGUGAGGCAGACAUUUGAGCAGAUCGAUGUCGUUCACAGGAUGUGUCAGAAAUAUCCUGAUGUUUUUAUGUUUGCUUCCAGCAGCCAAGACAUAUUGGACGCAUUCAAGCAGAAUAAGACAGCCAGCCUGAUUGGGGUAGAGGGCGGUCACUCCAUCGACAGUAGCCUCGGCACCCUCCGCACCAUGUACCAGCUCGGAGUGCGCUACCUCACCCUCACGCACUCCUGCAACACACCCUGGGCAGAUAAUUGGCUUGUGGACACAGGGUCAGAGCCAUCUCAACACGAUGGUUUAUCACCAUUUGGCAAGCAAGUAAUAAAUGAGUUGAAUCGUCUUGGUAUGCUAAUCGACUUGGCUCAUGUGACAGUGAAAGUGAUGGAGCAGGUUUUAGAGAUGUCCAAGGCUCCUGUGAUCUUCAGCCACUCCUCGGCCUAUUCAAUCUGUAACAACAAGAGGAACGUCCCAGAUCACAUCCUCACUAAAGUGAAAGAAAAGAAGGGGAUUGUGAUGGUGAACUUUUACAAUGAUUAUGUCACCUGCAGUCACACGGCUACCAUCUCAGACGUUGCUGAUCACUUUGACCACAUAAAGAAAAUUGGUGGUGCUGAGAUUGUAGGUUUUGGUGGAGACUAUGAUGGAGUUAAAAGGCUGCCUCAGGGCCUGGAGGAUGUGUCCAAAGUGCCUCACUUAGUGGCCGAGCUGCUGAGGAGAGGCUGGACAGACACGGAGGUGAAGGCUGCUCUGGGAGAGAACCUGCUCCGAGUGAUGAAGGAAGUAGAGAAGGUGCGUGACAGUCUGAGCAGCAGUCCUCCUGAUGAUGUCCCGAUCCCGUAUGAGCAGGUGGAGAACCCAUGUCGGACGAGCUACGGGUACAACGUUACAAACCAUGCCCCUGAGCACCACCUCGCCAUAGUCACGCUCCUGCUCCCUCUCUUUAUACAGGCUUUCAUUACACUAUCACAUGAAUAA